GCGUAAAUAUAUCUGGCCAUGUAGAAAUGCAUGUACAUGCUCGUGUUGCCACCUCCCCCAAGUCUUAACCGCUUACCAUCACGAAGAGUUAACUUUUGCAGGCCGUGUGGAAAUCACCUCCCCCCUCAUCCGUAUUUGUUACCCUCCCCAAAAUGAGAAGGAUACGAACUGGCGCAGGACCCACGCCGCUACCUCGGUUACCUCCCCUACCGCUUCUGCUGCUCCUCCUGCUGGUGCUACUAACUGCAGGAGGGGUGGCAAAAUGUGAAGAGCCUAACGAGGGAGCGAACCAAGUAGCUGCCAGCAACACAACGGAGGAACGCAUCAGGGAUGUCCUAAACUCGGUUAGCGUCGGUCAGGCCAUCAAACGGGAAAGGAACCUACUGGACGACGUGGCAAAGUAUAUACACUAUUUGAAAGUGCUCAGCUUGGUGGCCCCGCGUGGGAAUGUAGAAGGGGGGCGCCAUGGCCAUGGCGAAAGGGUUGGCCGUGGCGAAAGUGCUGACGAUGGCUUCAUCAACGUGGAUGCUACUGCGAAAGGUGCCAUGGAGAAGCGAAGAGUUAACAUUAGGUACUUCUCCCAGGGGAACAAUUAUAAAAAUAAUGUAAACGACGUGAGGAGGGAAGUCAACAGGGUGUUAUUUACUUAAAAGGGGGAUUGCGGCGGAGGAAUGCGGCAGAGGAAUGCGGCUUCCCUUGUCCUCCCUUUUACCAGCGCGUCGCUGAAGCAGUGUUAGCAAAAUGUAGCAGGCGCUGUUUGUUAGGCCAACCACUUUGUGCCACCUCCCAAAGCGGGGAAACUGUAUGACACUUUGCCACUUCGCCACUUUGUCCCUUUUUUUCUUCCUCCCUUUUUUUUAAACAAAAUGAACUUUAAUGAACUUGCCCCGAAUGGGACUUGCCUUCCUAAGAAGCGUUGAAGAGGGGCUAGCUUAGCUGCCCAAUGUC